AGCACUGCCCGUCACAUUCCAACUCCACAACCCCACUAAUAACAACAAAAAAGACUCGAGGGCACAUACAAAUUAACAAAAGAAGUCUUGCUUAAGCACAAAUACGCAAUUGCUUGCAAUUAAACAAACACCCCGCACAAGUAGACACAACAAUACAAAAGCAGCAAGAUGUCUGUGAGCGAUUUUAUCAAGGGCCUGCCAAUCCACGAUUCCAAUAACUUCACUCACCUAAGCAACGAGCACGGCAUACGCACUUCACAGAAGCGGGCCUCUGUUUAUUUGCCCACCGAAGAUGAGGCCUCGGAGCAGCUCAUUGUGAUGGACAAGAGAUGCGUUCUCUUGCGCUAUCUCACGCAGCAGUGGGACAAAAAGACACUGCAGCGUAAGCGUGAGCAUGGCAACGAGGGCAGCGCCAACAGCUCCACCCCUAAUGGCAAUGGAAGCAACAGCAAAAAGCGCCCUAGAAUAGAUCCCAAUGAGCUGAUCUGAGUGGCUGGACACCGACCGAUAUGAAGCAACCUACGCACGCAUACAUACUUACGUUUAUCCCCCUCAUGUACACUGUACACAAACACACACACGCAUAAAUAUGUUUUAAUCAAAA